CUCCUCACACAAAAGAAGUUACUUUACUGCAAAGAUGGGUGCCCUACAAGUAAAGUGUUUACUUCUCCCUUUGUUUCUGUAUGGAACAUUUGGUGAAUUAUCUUUACUUGUAAACGAAGCUUUUGAUAAAAAUGGUUUGCUCCCUAGUACUGUAUCCGGUAAGCCUUCUAAUGUUCUACGUGACAUUCUGAAUCAGGAAAGUCUGGUCCGCUUCUCUAUGGUACAAAAAAUACAAAGUCUUGUAAUGGAUGCCACGGACUGCAAAAACGAUAUACAAGUUAUAAAGGUGAUAUUUAGUGAAAUGGCAAAAGACUAACGGAACUUGGAGACGAAAAACCAAUUACUGGAGAACACUAUAGAGGAAAUGAAGGUUUUAAAUGAAUCUCAAUCAGUCUCUGUCAAAAGCCCCCAAAUUGAGGAACUCAAAUACCUAAUAAAUGAAAUGAAUGUAACAUUACAGAAGUGCAGUGUGAACAGUCUUUUGGAACCUUAUAAAUAUACAGAGGACGCUUUAGAAAGAUCUGUGAAUGAAACACUGCAAGCUUUUUGGAGGAAUAAAAAUGAAUCCAGCUGGAUCUUGUCAAAAGUGCUUCCAAAGGAUUGUUGGGACAUUUUGCAGAAAUAUCCGAAUUUGGAGGGAAGGAACGGAGUAUACAAAAUAUCCGUGGCCUAUGAAGUAAAGUCUGUUUACUGUGACAUGAGAACUGAUGGAGGAGGGUGGACAGUAAUUCAAAGAAGGCAGGACAAUUCUACAGAUUUUUACAGAACAUGGUCAGAAUAUAAAGAAGGAUUUGGGGAUCCCUCUACAAACUACUGGAUUGGAAAUGACGCAAUUUAUGAGUUGACAAAGAACAAGGACCAGGGACUCCGGGUUGAGCUACAAAGUUUUGAUGACGAUGAAGCAUACGCACAGUAUACCACGUUUAAUGUCGGGGAUAGAUACAAUAAAUACGUACUCGCCGUGUCGGGAUAUUCAGGAACCGCAGGUGACAGUAUGGAUUAUCACAAUGGAUAUAAAUUCACAACUAAAGAUAAGGAUAAUGACAAGGGUAGUGAGAACUGUGCUACACAAUAUCUCGGAGCCUGGUGGUACAACGCUUGUCACCACACAAACCUUAAUGGACUGUAUGCCCAGUCUCCAGCGUCUGGUUAUCAAUACCCGGUAUGGAGAAAAUGGAGAGAAAAAGAAGCUUUAAAACAGACUCAGAUGAUGAUCAGGCACAAGAACUAUACUGUAUCCGGUAAAGCUUCCAAUGUCCUACGAGACAUUCUGAAUCAGGAAAGUCUGGUCCGCUUCUCUAUGGUACAAAAAAUACAGAAUUUAGUAAUGGAUGCUAUAGACAACAAAAACGAUAAGCAAAUUAUACUGACGAAGCUAAGUGAAGUGACGAAAGACUUACGGGCCUUGGAGAAUAGAAACCAAAUAAUGGAGGAAGAAAACGUCAAAUUUAAAGAGGAAUUGAAGGUCAUUUAUAACACGGUGAAUGACAAUAAAAACCAAACGAAAGAAGAAAUUCAAGACUUGAAGGCUAGAAACUUAAUAAUGGAGGAAGAAAACGUCAAACUUAAAGAGGAAUUGAAGGUUGUCCAUAACACGGUGAAUGACAAUAAAAACGAAACAAAAGAAGAAAUUCAGGACUUGAAGACUAGAAACCAGAAAAUGGAGGAAGAAAACGUCAAACUUAAAGAGGAAUUGAGGCUCGUCUACGUAUACACAAUAAAAGUAAACUCUAAAGAAAAGCUUGUUUACUGUGACAUGAGUACUGAUGGAGGAGGGUGGACGGCUAUUCAAAGAAGACAGGACGGUUCUACAGAUUUCUACAGGACGUGGUCAGAAUAUAAACAAGGAUUUGGGGAUCCCUCUAAAAACUACUGGAUCGGAAAUGACGCAAUCUUUGAGUUGACGAAGAACAAGGACCAGGAACUCCGGGUUGAGCUACUAAGAUUUAACGGUGACGAAGCAUACGCUCAGUUCUCUACAUUUUAUGUCGGAGAUAAAUACCAUAACUACGUACUCACUGUAUCGGGGUAUUCAGGAACCGCAGGUGACAGUUUAAAGUAUCACAGUGGAUAUAAAUUUAGCACUAAAGACCAGGAUAACGACAGCAAUAGUGGUAACUGUGCUGUAUUAGCUCACGGAGCCUGGUGGUACAACAGCUGUCACCACUCAAAUCUAAACGGGCUGUAUGCUAUGUCAGCUGUGACUGGUGAUAAAUACCCGACAUGGAGGCACUGGAAAGGUAGACAUGAAGCAUUAAAGCAGACUGUGAUGAUGAUCAGACACAAGAACUAGAGAUCAUUUAUAAUCAGAUCUGACAUAUUACAAAUCUGAUAUUUUAUUUUUGUCAAACAAAUAAAAACUUUUCAAGUAGAGAUUUUUAGACAAUUACAGUAAGUUCCUUCUUCUUCAAUAUUUCUACCAUUGAAUUAAAUUUUAAACAAUCAUGUUUUCUAUCUG